UAUGAAUGGAGUAUGGAGUAACAAUAAUUACAGUUUCUUUGAAGGCACCCACGAGCCAAGACACUACGCACCUAUCAAGGAACCAUUGCUGCUCCCUGAUUUCCCCUUCCUCCGUCAACUUGCUCCUUGUGCAUAAUGCCCUACGACGAAGAUGAACUUGCGUACUCGAGGCUGUCUUUUCCUGAUCCUCUCUCUUGGCUUUGCUUACGGGCGGGCCUCUAUCACUCCAGGCGUUACAGAAAUCGACUUGAUCUUUCCGCGUAACGACAGCUAUUCCCCGUCGCCUCUCACUCCUAUCAUGUUUGCCAUCCAAAACCCGAGUCUCCUGUCAAGUUUCAACCCGACGAUCUCCUAUAGCAUUGAGCAGGAAGAUGUCGAAGCCAAGGAAAGUUAUAUUACCUCGGGCACGAUCCACCUCGUGAACACCAAUUAUACGAGAAGUGACCCUUACUUCCUCUAUUGGAGCGUCGGGAAUCUGGACAUUGAAGGCACCUUCGUGUUUGCCUGGGAGCUUCGGAUGUUCAACUGCUCCCAUUCCCCGCAGAGUGACGCUUUGACCUUCGGAUAUCUUGACACGCUCCGCCAUCAGUUGCACUUCUCGAUAAAGAAUGGCACUUCGCCACCACACAUCGCCGCCGCAACCAAGGAUAGUACGUGCGAGCAGUCUAUAGCCCAGGCUAUACAAGUCCCAGAGUUGUUGGACGUGUCGCCUACGCGAACCUGGGGAGCACCAUCCUGUGCACCGACUGUGGGCCCAUCCCCGACUCCCAGUCCUUGCGAGGUCAAGAUCGAUUCCACAGCUGCCGCAAGUAUCUCCUUGGCUUUGACUUCCAGUGCCUGUCGUAAUCCUCUCCGCACCGGGCUCAGUUGCCCAACUCCAUCCCCUGAGAGUAAGGCCCCCGCGACGCAAUCGCCGGUCGGAGGGUUCCGGAUCUUGGCAAUGGGAACGCUUCUCGCUUACAGUCUUGCAUGACUAAACGGACUUUCGUGCCGAGGCAUGCUGGUAUUCUCUUGAAUGGAUAAUGCAAGUUGUUUAGAAUCAAUACAAACUAUUACAAUAUCCA